AUGCCAUCCGACUAUGACUUAUUACAAGGAUUUAUCCAGUCUUUUGAGAAAUUAACUGACGAUAUACCUCAAGAUGCUGAUAUCGUAGCUGUUUGUGAGGCAUUAUGCAGGUUAGAUUCAUCGGCGAUGCAACUGAAACCCAAAGUAAUCCUAUGUCUGUCAUUUUGCAGUGCUUCCGACUUAUUGAAACCUUCUACAACUAUGAAAUGUAGAGAUACGAUAAGGAGGUUUAUGGAUACAAAACUUCUCGACUACCUAAUUUCACAGUUGGUUCCGCUUCUCCCGCGUCUUAAGAAUGAAAGGACUACGGCGGCCGGCAGGGUUAAAAUACGGCAUGCUAAGAAUAUGCUAAUGCCCCAGUUGGGCUUUAGUUCCGCUGAAGAGGAACUUAUUAUGAAGUGGAAGGCUAAUGGUGGUUUGCGCAGUAUACCUCUCUUCCAUGUCGUAAUGACUAACAUUCGACUUGAUCAGGUUUCAGCGAACCUAUGGUGGAUAACCCCAGGAAUUCUUAAUUUACUGGAUGAUCCAACAGGUUGGUACAAUCUACAGUGUCAUGGUGUGCAAUUGCUUCAGCAGUUUCUGGAUUUAUGCGCUGAUAACGAAAAUCAAGCGUUAUUCUCCUUUGCAGGAACUGGGUUAUUCGACAUAUACCACCCUCUGCUCAUGAAUCUAUUCUAUAAUAUGCCUCCGAUGACAGAUGAAAACACAACUAAAUCUAUAUGGUCUGUUGUAUACCCUACGUUAACCUCACUGUACCGCGCACAGUAUGUUACAGAUACAACACGGUUCAAGCAUAUGAUCGGAAGACUUCUAUCCGAAACGUUCUUGCAAUUAAUCAUUCCAAAACUCUCCUACACUAAUAAAGAGCUGGCCUUGCAAUCUAUGGACUACCUUUUAGAUAUAAUAAACCUCUUGGGUGGUUUUUCAAUCAGAUAUUUGCAGCGAAUACUUUAUGUGCUGGGAGAAUAUAUAAUUCGAAGCCCUUAUCUGAUACUAGAUAUAACAUUGGAGAAGAAGUGUCUAGAGGUAUUGGAUAAACUAAUAACCGUAUGCCACAUUGACCGCAUCAUUGCUCACAAAUAUGACUUUCUUGCCUGUAUUUUACUUACCUACGAGAAAUUUGAUGCGGAAGAAAUGGCAGAUGAGGUAUCCAACCAGCUCUUGAUGAUUGCAUCGAAGUUGCAAAGCAUUGGCUGCGACUUCGCGAAUGACUACGAAGUACUCUGUAAAAAUAGACCCAACUUAGCUAGUAUUUUUAAAACAGUUAUUGACAUUUAG